AUGCCCCCAUCACCCGCCUCCCACCCCCCUCUCCUAGGAGGGAAACCCCUAACCCUCAUCGUCGCGACAACCCCAAUUCCCAGCACCUCUCCAUCCCAACCCCGAACACGCCUCGGAAUCGGCCUCAACGGAACCCUCCCCUGGCCGCGCAUCAAAACCGACAUGUCAUUCUUCGCGCGCGUCACGACGCGUCCACCGGCUUCAGUACCAGGGUCCACGAACGCGAUCGUCAUGGGGAGGAAGACGUAUGAUAGUGUUCCGGCGGGGUUGAGACCGUUGGGGAAGAGGUUGAGUGUGAUUCUCUCCCGAGGGGGAGAAGGAGGGAAGGGUGGGUUGGGAGAGAGGGUUCGAGAGGAUUUGGAGAGGAAGUUGGGGAAGGAGAGGGAGCAACACCAACAAAAAAUACAGGCAGAGGCAGAAGCACAGGGACAAGCACAAGAAAACACCUCCACCUCGCAAAACAAGAAGGGGGGAGACCAACCCGGCAAACAAACCUCCGCCUUCAUAUCCACCUCCCUCCCCUCAGCACUAGAAACCCUCUCCCAGCCACCCUCCACAUCAGGGAUACCCAAAGUCGGCCACGUGUAUAUCAUCGGUGGCGCGGAGAUCUAUGCCUCGUCGCUGAACCUCCCCGCGACGCAACCGGUGCGGAUCGUGAUGACGAACGUGGAGAAGCUGAACCCUGCGGAGACGUUUGAGUGCGAUACGUUCUUCCCUGUGGAUGAGGAACUGGAGCAGGAGAGGGGAUGGAGGAAGGUUAGCGCGGACGAAGUGAGCGCGUGGGUGGGCGAGGAGGUCACGGGGGAGUGGAGGGAGGAGGGGGAUGUGAGGGUUAGGAUGGUUGGGUACGAGAGGGUUUAA